AUGAAUUCGCAGAGGGGCGACUCAGUUAAACUUGCUCCUGCAGAAGGCACCAAGUCCAACCCGUCCAAACGACACCGUGACCGCCUGAACUCGGAGCUGGAUCGCCUCGCCGGCCUGCUGCCCUUCCCCGAAGACGUCCUGUCCAGCCUGGACAAGCUGUCCAUCCUGAGGCUCAGCGUCAGCUUCCUCCGGACCAAGAGCUUCUUCUCAGUGGCGUUUAAAAACCAGCCUAACAAACUAAACAAGAGCAGUAACCACGACAACGGCUGCACGACUUCACGAGCUGCAGACGGAUGGAUACCUGAAGGAGAGCUGCUGCUUCAGGCUCUGAACGGGUUCGUCUUGGUGGUGACGGCUGAAGGAAACAUCUUCUUCUGCUCUAAUACCAUCCAGGAUUUCCUCGGCUUCAAUCAGACUGAUGUGAUGCACCAGAGCGUGUUCGAGCUGAUCCACACUGAAGACCAGCAGGAGUUCAAAAGGAACCUGCACUGGGCCCUGAAUCCUCCGGUCAGCCUGGAACCCCCCACCGAUCCUGCAGGGGGUGAGUCAACCUCUUCCUGCCUGGUGAGCUACAGCCCUGACCAGCUUCCACCUGAAAACUCCUCCUUCCUGGAGAGGGCGUUUGUCUGUCGUUUCCGCUGCUUGUUGGACAACUCCUCCGGCUUCCUGCCGCUGAGCAUCCAGGGCAGGCUGAAGUUCCUCCACGGUCAGAGUCGGCAGCAGAACGAGCGCAGCACUCCGCCUCAACUCGCCCUGUUCGCCAUCGCCACGCCCCUGCAGCCUCCGGCCAUCUUGGAGAUCAGGACAAAGAACAUGAUCUUCAGGACCAAACACAAGCUCGACUUCACUCCUAUGGCCUGUGAUGCAAAGGGUAAAAUAGUUCUGGGAUACACAGAGGCAGAGCUGAGGGUUCGAGGCACAGGUUACCAGUUCAUCCACGCCGCCGACAUGCUGCACUGUGCUGAAAAUCACAUCCGAAUGAUAAAGACAGGCGAGAGUGGCCUGACUGUCUUCAGACUGCUCACAAAGGAAAACAGAUGGACAUGGGUCCAGUCCAACGCUCGACUUGUCUACAAGAACGGCAAACCAGACUACAUUAUCGCCACUCAGAGGCCUUUAGCGGAGGAGGAGGGAGGGGAGCACCUGAGGAAGCGGUCAAUGCACCUUCCCUUCACCUUUGCCACUGGAGAGGCUCUUCUCUACCAGACAGGGUAUCCGCUGCACGGCUUCCCUGAUUCCUUCCAGGGCAAAGCUAAAGGCGGCAAGUCCAAAAAGGGCAAAGUGGACAAGAGUUCUCCCGAUGAGCUGAAGCCAAACUCUCUGCUGGGGGCACUGAUGAGACAGGAUGAGUCAGUGUACGUCAGCCAACCAGAUGUGGAGCCGAGGAUUACCCUCCACAGCAGCAUCUGUAGCAGGACUGAUGAUCCCAAAAGCCUGUUGAGUAGCACCAGUUGGAACAUUGUUUCCAACGUGGAGGGGGAGACAUGUAGCAGAGAGACCUUGAGCUUCGACCCUCUCCUGUCCACCUUGGACUCUCUGUCUCUGGAUGCAGGAGAAUCCUGUUCAAACAGCGAACUGUUCAGUGCACUGGAGAAUCUGGGCCUGAAUGCUGAUGAUCUGGAGCUGCUGCUGCUGGAUGAGAGGAUGAUCCAGGUGGAGCUGGACCCCACCCACAUUCCCUCCCUCAAUGACCUGCUCACCAACAAUGAAAUUCUCUCCUACGUCCACGACUCUCUGCAGACGGAGGAACAGAACGUCUCUCAGCAGUCACGUCCAUUACCCCCAGCCCCUGCUGCCACCAGGCAGCCCAUCAUCCAGCUGUCCCUGCAGAUGCAACAGCACAUAGGUGCAGCUGAGCUGCUGAGAACUCAACCAAGGCAGAUCCAGUCUGCUCCACAUCCUGGAUCAGUCAGCUGGGUGGACCAAGAGCAUCCCUCAUCCAGAAACACCCAGCUGAACGGAGAACAUCUGGAGUCCCAGUGGCAGCUGCUCUCUGAAAACACUGCAUUAUCGGGCUUCCAGAAUCAGCUAACAUCAGAGGGAUCUUGCCUCCCAAUUCAGCACACUACCACUUCAGUGAACCUGCAGGCCCCAGGUUACAGUAACUCGUUACACUCAGAUGACUCGCUUCUGAACGGAACAGCUGCACCUGAUCUCUGUUACAAUCAGAGUGUGGUCCCAUCGUCCAGUUUGACCCACGGACCACAACAAAGCUCUGCUUCAGAGUUAGAGCAGCUUCUGGCUCUGCCGCCACCGCAGGACAGCCUGAUGCCAUUAAACUACAAUCUGUUAAGCUCCACCGCAGAUAACAAGUUUUCUCAGGUGGAUAAUGGCUGCCUCCUAAGUGACACCAAUGCAACAUAUGUAAGGACGUGUCUAAUUUCUGGCAGAAACGGAGUGGCAACUCAUGACAUCUCUGUCUCACAUCCUGAUGGACUCUCCACCCUGCAGGACCCUCAGAAAUCUGGAUUCUUCCUUUGAUGUGAUGGAGGUACAGAGAGACUGGUUAUUUUUUAAGGAACAAUCUGAAAAACACUUCCUCCAAACUGGACUUUGGGUUGGGUUUUUCUCUCCCACCUCAACCUUAAACUGCUAAAGAUUCCUGCUAACCAGAACAGGAUAAAAAAGUCAAAUCUGUACAGACGCACUUGAAGUCCCGAAGAAAGAGUCUCACUUCACAGUGAUCAGAAGAGCUGCUGUGAACGUUUGGUUUACACAUUUCUGCUGCUUUUCAAACACAUUUUAAGCGUUAUUUUCCUUUUUUUCGAGAAACUGUUGGUUUAAUUCCAGCGUCCUCUGAAAUAAUGUGCACAUUUCAGACUAAAAGAGCAUUUAGAUCAUCUAGACCAGAAGCUUUAGUCAGAGUUUAUUAGGAUAAAUGAGCUGUAGAUUUUACAGUUUACAGCUGAAUUUUAUAGCAUGAAUGAAUCUGAGAACAACGAGUUAAUACUGAAUAUUUACAACCAUUAGAGAUUUUAAACUAUCUGCAGUAUUGUAAAGCAAGUAUUUGUGUGGGGAAGAAAAGCACAAACCAGUACAGCUAACAAGAGAGUAAAACAUAAAAAAAUUGAGUAUUACUGACAGCCAUGAGAUUCUUGCUGGACCAGAAACACCAACAGAUUAUUUAAAUCUAGAUGUAGAAUAAUUACGUGCACAAACAAUAGAAAACAGCAUUUCAUUUUUCUCUUUGAAAUCGUAAAGGUUUAAAGACGUGAAGA